AUGUCGCUCUUCGGCGGAGACAAUGAGAUUGGGAACAUCCUGCAGCAGGCUGUCAAGCUCAAGUCUGCGCAGAUGAAUGAGAAGCGCAAGACAUACGAGACCCGACCCUUCUUCGUGCAGCACACGCUUUUCCACGGCGAGAAGGAGGAUUUCAAGGCUUGGAGACAGCUUCCAUUUGACGAGAAGAAGGUGAUCUCUGAGAGGCUCAAAGAGGAGGGCAACGAGCUCUUCAAGAAGGGAUCCUGGAUGGAUGCGGUGGAGAAGUACGAGGAGGCCGCAUCUUUGGUCCACUACUACUGGAGCACCGAUGCAAACUGGCGGAAAAACAACCGCGGCAUCGAUGACGAUGUGCUGAAGCUAGUGGAUGACCUGGGCACUACGGAGGAAGACGCACGGUGGCAGCGGAAGCACCGCGCCCUGUGUGCACUGAACCUUGCAGCGUGCAAGCAGAAGCUAGACAAGUUGGAUGAGGCCAUCACGGCCUGCGACGUGACUCUAGAGCUCGACCCCGAGAACGUGAAAGCGCUCUACCGGCGGGCAGAGUCUCGAAUUAGGCCGACAAAGGCUACCGCCUACGACCAUGAUCUAGCGAUCAAGGAUUUGGCAAGGGCCAACACGCUCGACCCCAGCAAUCAGACGGUGGAGCGUCUCUUGGUCAGGCUACGGGCCGAACGCCGGGUGCAAAGAGAAAAGGACUCAAAGACUUACACCGGGCUCUUCGAUCGUGGCCAGAUCUACGACAAGGUGGCCCAGGAGGCGAGGCUUGCGAAAGCCUCAACAAAGUCGGGGGGCUCGUUGCUCGCCUCAGGGGCCACGUACGAGGACCUCGAACAGAGGAUCUCGGAGAUCUCGGAUCAGGAUCCUAUCGAGAAGCGCAUCCAAGAUGCCGAGCUCCUGCGAGACCUUUAUGUCAGAAAUGGCAAGGAAGAUGAGGCACGCCAGCUCAAUGACCAGAUCAAACAGGCAAAGAAGGUGGUGAAGGAUAGCGUGGAACAGCCGAAGAUCGACUGGUCCAAUCCUCCGCCGGAGUUGGUGGAGGAUGCAAAGAAGCACGGCCUUGACCUGACUGAUCCCUUGGUGCUGCAAGAGCUCCAGCGGAUGGAGCGGGAGGGCUUCGAGCAGACGGUCAAUGAAGAGCCGUCUGGUCCAAGCCAGACCCGCAGCACUGCGGAAGAGGAGGAGGACGAUGAGUCCGCCGAACCUAUUCCAUGGAAGAGGUACUUCAUCUUCUUUGCAGUCAUCUAUGUGUUUUGGUGCCUGGUGGAUGUUGCCAUCCUGAAUCUGGCACCAAAGCGACCGCGGCCUCCGCGUCCCCGACCCCCACCAGCUGUGCCACCAGCGCGACCAGUUGUAGUCGAAGGCCACAUACGUGCAGACGAGCCAGUUCCGGAGGCAGAGGUGCUUACUGAGGAGCCCGAACCCGAAGCCCCGACACGGGAGUUCUCGGAGUUGGACGAAGAAGAGGAGGCGCCACGACCGCCAUCUCGAGGGUACCUGGCUUCCAUGUACGAUGCGAUCCCGCCGUGGAUUGUGGGAGAAGCGGACGAGACAGAGCUUUGA